CCCACCCCCCUCCGCGUGAGAGUCGGGGCCUGUAGCAUUGGUUUGACCACGAGGAGCGUCGGUACAGCUGGAAUUCGGCGAUGGCGGAGUUCGGUAACGGACUGGCGGAGGAAUCCCUACUAGAUUCAGACCCCGGACACCCCGAGCUCGAAGACCCGGGCGUCGGUGACGAAGAACCGGGGUUAGAAGAGGGAGAGGCCGCGAUCGAAGACCCGGAGCUGGAGGCAAUCAAAGCUCGGGUCAGAGAGAUGGAGGAGGAGGCAGAGAAGCUGAAGGAGCUGCAGAACGAGGUGGAGAAACAGAUGAAUCUCAGCCCCCCACCAGUCGGCCCCGUCAUCAUGUCCAUCGAGGAGAAGAUGGAAGCAGACGGCAGAUCUAUAUAUGUUGGAAAUGUGGACUAUGGUGCCACAGCAGAAGAGCUUGAGGCUCACUUUCAUGGCUGCGGUUCAGUAAACAGAGUCACCAUCCUGUGUGACAAAUACACAGGGCAUCCCAAGGGGUUUGCCUACAUUGAGUUUGCAGACAAAGAGUCUGUGAGGACAGCCAUGGCUUUGGAUGAAUCCCUUUUCAGAGGAAGGCAGAUAAAGGUGGGCGCUAAAAGAACAAACAGACCAGGUAUCAGCACCACAGACCGCGGUUUUCCACGAGCUCGCUUCCGAUCACGGGGAGGAAGCUUCUCAUCGCGUGCACGCUACUACAGUGGCUACACACCACCCAGAGGCAGAGGACGGGCCUUCAGGGGCCGAGGGCGAACAACAUCGUGGUAUUCCCCUUACUAAACACCCCCCUCCCUCCCCAACACUCCCUUACUAUCAACCCUCUCCCCCUCUCUGUUCCCAUUCAAAAAAACACACACACACACACACGCACACACACAAUGAAAAAAAGUCUCCCCCUCCCCAACAUUAAAAGAAGAGACCCCCAGAAGAGAGAAAAAAGACAAAACAGGAAACCCUGUGGUGGACAGAGACUGACUGCCGCAGUGUGCGAUUGUGUGUGAGCGUGCGUGUGCCGAGGGUGAUGCGGUCAGCCCUGGUAAGGUAUCAGUUGGCCACUAGGGGAGAACAAGGUGGCAGACUUCUUUAUUGGUUUUUUUGGUUUUGGGGGGAGGGGGGGGGUAUGAUGGUAUCUCAGGCUGCAGAUGUGUCUCCUUUUGGUCUGGCUGUGACCUCCUGCUUUCACACCAUCACAGCCCACCCACUCACCCUCCACCACCACCAAAACAAGAAAAUAAACGUGGGGGUGGGGGGCAGCAAUGAGAAGAUAGUCUGUUCAUUUUAGUUUUUAAUGUACUGUACAUGUGAAACUUCCACCAGCCACAGUGUUGUUGUGUUUUCAGUUUGGAGUAUAUCAUUACCCUCCCACCUCAACCCCUUCUGCCAUCUGUCACCCCUCACAUCUACCCUUCAUUUAAUAAGCCAUGCUCUCCACCCCCACCCCUUCGCUCAUCACACCACAGAUUGUUUUUCUCUGGACAGUGAUGGACCUGCAGUGUUCAGUGGGGCUGUACAUGCAUCUUUUUUUUUUUUUUUCUUUCUUGUGG